ACAAUCUAGCUGUAGCCAUUCUUUGUUCAAACAUUUAUAUAUGACCAGAGACCGUGUUACAUUAUCUGAAAAUUGUAAAUACGCUCUUAAAAAUUAAUAGCGUCAUCAUAUUUAUACAAUUGCGUGUUGUGCCUGUAUGUCUUCGUGGUCAGACCAAGAAACAGAGAAAAUAUCGGUUUAGAUCACGGAUGAUGUAUAAACUGUUACAUAUAAAACUAUGGUAAUCAAUUCGGGUACGAUGCACGACCGGUAAUUUUAAUCAUGUAAUUUAUAACUAGCACCUGUCAUUUACAAUACAAAGAAAACUAGUAAUAUUUCUACCGUUUAUAUGAUGGAAUGGGUUGUUGAUUAUUACGAGUAGGUUAAUAAUUAUUUAUUAUAUGUUAACAUAACGUGCAUAUGUGUGGUAUUUAUUAUAUAUAGUGUGUGAAAAUGCAAAUAUAUGUAAUUAAAUUUAUUUUGAAAGUUAAAGAUUUAAAUUAGAAGGACCUAAUAUAUAAUAUUUGGGAAAAAGAAUAUGCAAUCUAGUAAAUAUCAAACAAUGUAUUCCACGGAUGAAAUUUUUGAUGAUCUUAUGGAUGAAUGUAAAUAUACUGGAUUGGAUGCACACCUAUCAUAUGCUUUACGAAACCGUAUAGAAAAAUGUAAAAUUGAAACUCGGAGAGAAAUUGUGUCUUAUAAAAUAGAUGGAUGUGCACCAUUAUUUAUUGCCUGCAAAAGAGGUCAUGUAGACAUUGUAGAAUAUCUUAUAACAGUAUGUGAUGCAGAUAUUGAACAGAGAGGAAACUAUGCAGCGCCUGAUGAUAGAUCAAUACAUUAUGUUACACCAUUAUGGUGUGCUGCAGUAUCUGAAAAACUUCCUGUAGUAAAGUGUUUGAUAGCUCAUGGUGCAGAUAUUAAUGCUGUCUCAGAUUCUGGUUCUACUACAGUAAGAUCAACAUGCUUCGUGACACGUAUGGAUAUUGUAUCCUAUUUGGUUGAAAAUGGUGCUGACAUAUCAAAACCAAAUUAUAAUGGUGGAACAUGCUUAAUAAAUUCAAUACAGAGUGUAGAAUUAUGCAUUUUCCUUCUGCAGCAUGGCGCUGAUAUAAAUGCUAGGGAUAUUCAUAAUAAAACUGCUUUAUAUUAUGCUAUUCAAGAGAAUAAAUUUAAAACUACAAAACUUUUUCUUGAACAUAAUGCAGAUCCUCAUAUUAGAUCUCGGUGUAAUGAUGAUGCACUUCAAAUUGCUUGUUUAAGAGGGACCAUUCCAAUAUUUGAAUAUUUAGUGGAAAACGUGUCUUAUUCUCCAGAAAGAUUAGCAGAUGCUAAUGAGUUAAUGGGUUCCACAUUUUUUUAUGAUCAUAAUGAUACACAAAUGGCUUUAAAGUAUUGGAGAACAGCUAUGGAAAUUAGAAACUCUCACAUGGUAGAUGGUAAACCAUUACAAAAAAAACCUGUGUUACCCAAACGAGAUACUUACAGAUAUGCAAUGGAAUUUACUACUCUAGAGGAAUUAAAUGUAAUUGCACUUGAUAUAGAUGCAAUGCGAAUACAAAGUUUAUUAAUAUGUGAACGAAUAUUAGGACCACAUCAUAAAGAUACAUUAUUAAGGUUAAUGUUUAGGGGAGCUUCAUAUGCUGAUACAUUAAGAUAUCAACGUUGCAUAGAUUUGUGGCGUAGGGCAUUAGAAAUUCGUGUCGAAAAAGAUUCUAUUUUGUAUGCUGACACAUGUCUAACAGCACAAGCUUUACUGAAGCUUAUGAUUGAUUUAAAUGAAAAAACUUUGGAGGUCAUGAAUCGUAAUGGAAAUAAAAAGGAGCCUAGAUUCUGUGAUGUAGUAGCUAUCUUUAAGUUACUCUCAAGUCAAUUAAUAGAUGCUAGAAAAUUAUUAGAGAUAAAACCAGUGCACAAAAGACAACAAGAAAGUUAUGAACGCAUCCUAAAAUGUGUGACACAUUUAAUAUAUUUAUUGAUAGAAACAGGAGAAACUAAUGAGGAGAAAACAUUAACAAAACAACUAGUACAUGAAUUAGUUAAACAAAAUCCUAGAUCUGCACAUGCAGAAGAUACUCUUUUGCAUCUAUGUGUAUCUAGUUUGAAUACUAUCAAUACAAGUUAUUUUACUACUGCUAAUGCAACUCAGGUAAUUUUUCCACGUUUGGAAGUUGUUAAGUUACUUUUAGAAUGUGGAGCAAAAGUCAAUGCACGAAAUGAAUCACGAUCAACUCCUUUGCACAUAGCAAGCAAAGUUAAAAAGUUUGAUGUUCCACUCAUAAAAUUAUUGUUGGAUUAUGGGGCUCAUUUAGAUACUCCAAACAAAGCUGGAAAUACACCAGCAGAUUUAAUAUCUUCUUAUCCUGAGAAUAAUGUGAAUCUUGUUAAAUAUAUUAGCUUACAAUGUCACGCGGCACAUGCAAUGUGUAAAUAUGGUAUUGAGUGCAUAGAAUUGCCAUCUGCAUUACAAGAGUUUUUAGAAUUUCACAGAGAAUAAACAUAUAUUUUUACAAUAGUAUGAAAGUAAUGAUAUAUGACAUUCGACAAAUUUAAAAAAUCAAAAACGUGCAUGUGUGUUUAUACAAAAGUAAUAUUGUAAGAUGUGAACAAUUUGAAAGUUUUCUCUAAGAAAACAGAUAGGUGUGUGUACGUUAUGCGUGUGAUGAGUGGAUCGAUGCAUACAUUUUUAAACUACAUCAAGUUGAGAUAAGUAUUAGGUUAUUUUUAUCUUUGCACUGCUGAUGAUAUAGUGCAAGAUACAUGUUAAUUUUUAAACAAAACUGUUUAAAAAUUAAUCAGAAUUUUUAAGCCUUCUCUUCACCGAAGUGAUAACGCCUUUUGUUGCUGCGUGUUUCAAAACAUUUUGAACAACAAUUCAUAGAAACAUUUUUCUACACUGAAGCAACAUAAUCUGAGAGAUAGUUGUGUUUUGUUUCCGUUUCUUUUUUUUCAAGACUAUUUGCAUUACACAUUGGAAGAGCAUUUAUUUCUGUUUCCACAUGUGGCCGCAUGUUUCAUAUUUUUCUUUAAAAUUUACUGCUUCGAAUGGAAAUAGCCAAGAAGCGGUGAAAUUUGUUAUUCAAAACAGAAAUAUGGAGAAACAUUCGAUAGUAAGAGACUUUUUCAAGAUAUAUGGAACAUCAACAAAAAAUUCCUCAUUUUUGCUUUAGUGGGAAUAAAGCUUUAGAAUCGUCGGUGCAGAGUUGUCAGUAUCGUUAGAGUAGCCAGUGUUGUAUUGUGCGUGUCGAAUUUUUAAUAUAUUUAAGAUUAAAUAUAUUAUUAUUAUUAUAACCACACACGAUAUCGCUUAGAAACCGAUAGCUUAUCAUCCUGCUUUCUCCUUUUUGAUUAUAUUAUUACAAAAAAGUGAUAUUUCUUUUUAAUUUAGCAAAUACAUUUCUUUUUUUCAGUUGUAGGUAGAGGCUAAUAAAAUAUUCAUCUUGAAAAGACUAUGCUUAAAUAGUUUUUAUGAAAUUGUUCAUUGGAUACAUAAUAAUUGCUUAGAAGUAAAAUUUAAAAUAAAAUUUGGUUUUCACUUAUGAGUUUUAAAACACUUUUAUACAUUUUAUUUAUGUAUAUAAUUCAAAACUAUUUUUUAAGUAUUGGCACUUUUCAGUGCAAAACUAGAUCGCAUGGUAACACAGUAUUAAAAUAUUUACUUUCAGUACUAAAGAUAUUUUACGUUUGUAGGUACGACAUUUAUUUUCGAACUUUAUAUUUGCGUAAUUAUAUUGUCUUAAAUUUCUCUGGCCGUUGCAAAUAUAUUAAAAAAAUUGAGAUUAUUAAACAAAAAAGCCUGUAAAAGGUGAUAUGACAUAAAUAUACGUACAUAAUAAUAAGAAAUUAUAUCUAGAUGCAUGCCACAGUACAAGUAUAUUAAGUUUGCAAAAAUUACUCAAAAAUCCAGAUUAUAAAUAAAUGAAUAUUAAAAAUGAGAUUUUGUAAAUAUAUAAUACAAGAAUAUAUAACGAAUACAGUACUUAA